UUUUUCAGACUUGCAUUCAUUUUGGGUGCAACUUUUGAAUUAUAUACUAUAUAUAAUUUUGUUGUUGUUGUUGUUGUGUUCAAGGGAAAGAAAUAGACCAGCGGUGUCCAAAGUCUGGCCCUGGGGCCAUUUGCGGGCCAUGAUCUGUUUUCUUAGCGGCCCACGGCAUACGUACUCCAAUUCACAAUUGACGUCCUUUCGCGCGUUUUACGACUCACUUUGUACACUGCGUGGAAAGUUCGGAGAAGAGAAGACGAGGGAAUUCAUUCUCAUCUUUCACGUCCGUGUUUUCCGCUAGUCACGCAUCAUUUGGUAAGAUCUGCUGUAUAUAAUUGUACCGCAUAUCCUACACUCAUGGAUUGUUGUUGUUUUUAUGGAUGUGUGUGUUAAAUAGAUUAAAGGUGAAGAAUGUCUUUUUUUUUUUUUAUGUAUGUGGGCCUAGGAAGAAAAAGUUUGGACACAACUGCAAUAGACUUGUUGUUGCAUUCAAGGGGGAGAAAAGACUUUUUGUUGCAUCAGCGUUUGAGCACACGUCAGCGUCCAGUCGAGCUAAAGCCAUGACUACCAGCGCGGCCGUGGCGCGCAUCCUGAUCAAGGGCGGCAAGGUGGUGAACGACGACUGCACGCAGGAGGCCGACGUUUACAUCGAGAACGGCGUCAUCCGGCAGGUGGGCAAGGAGCUGAUGAUCCCCGGCGGGGCCAAGGUGGUGGACGCCUCCGGGAAACUGGUCAUGCCCGGCGGCAUCGACACCAGCGUGCACCUGGAGGAGACCUUCAUGAACGCCACCACGGCCGACGACUUCUACAGCGGUACCAAGGCUGCCCUGGCGGGAGGCACCACCAUGGUGAUGGCGCACGUUCUGCCAGAGAAGAACGAGUCUUUGUCCGACGCCUACGAGCGGUGCCGCGGCCUGGCCGACGGCAAAACCUGCUGCGACUACGCCCUGCACGUGGGAGUCACUUGGUGGGCCCCCGAGGUGCGCGCCGAGAUGGAGAAGCUGGUGAGGGAGAAGGGGGUGAAUUCCUUCCAGAUGUUCAUGGCCUACAAGGACACGUACAUGCUGAGGGACAACGAGCUCUUCCGGGCCCUGCAGCACUGCAAGGACAUCGGCGCCAUCGCCAGGGUCCACGCCGAGAACGGGGAACUGGUGGCUGAGGGUGCUAAGGAAGCCUUGGAGCUUGGCAUCUGCGGUCCGGAGGGCAUUGAGAUCAGCAGGCCCGAGGAGUUGGAGGCGGAGGCGACCCACAGGGCAAUCACCAUCGCCAACAGGGCCCGCUGCCCGAUCUAUCUGGUCAACGUGUCCAGCAUGGCGGCCGGAGACGUGGUGGCGACGGCCAAAAUGCAAGGGAGGGUGGUCCACGGGGAGACCAGCACCGCCCACGCUGUGCUCAACGGGAGCCAGUACUACCACCGGGACUGGGCCCACGCCGCGGGCCACGUCACCCUGCCGCCUCUGCGCCUGGAGCCCGGCACGCCCAAUUACCUGAUGAGCUUGCUGGGAAACGACACUCUGAAUGUUCUCGGGUCCGACCACCGUCCCUUCACCACCAAGCAGAAAGCCAUGGGCAAGGACGAUUUCACCAAGAUCCCCCACGGAGUUCCGGGCGUUCAGGACCGCAUGAGCGUCAUCUGGGAGAAAGGGGUGAUCGGGGGCAAGAUAGACGAGAAUCGCUUCGUCGCCGUCACGAGCUCCAACGCUGCCAAAAUCUACAACCUUUACCCCAGAAAAGGCAGAAUCAUCCCAGGAGCAGAUGCCGACGUGGUAGUUUGGGAUCCCGAGGGCUCCAAGAUCAUCUCGGUGGAAACCCAAGUGCAGGGUGGCGACGUGAACCUUUACGAAGGUCUCCGCUGUCACGGCGUGCCCUUGGUCACCAUCAGCCGAGGGCGCCUGGUCUACGAGAACGGCAUGUUCACGUGCGCCGAGGGCUCUGGGAAGUUCUGCCCUCUGAGGACCUUUCCAGACUAUCUUUACAAGAAGAUGGUUCAGAGAGAAAAGUGCCAGGCGGCCAAGCGGGUGGAGCGGGAGCCGUACACGGGCGACGUGGUGGCCGUGGCCAACGCCGGAAAGCGGGACGUCGUGGCUUCCGACCCGGACGCCCCCACGCGCCCCAGCACCCGUCACGGCGGCGUGAGGGACCUCCAGGAGUCCAGUUUCAGCCUGUCUGGUGCCCAGAUCGACGACAAGAUUCCCAAGAGAUCCUCGGCCAGGAUCCUCGCGCCGCCCGGCGGGAGGUCCAGCGGGAUCUGGUAGAGGCUGAAAACACUCCACGGAAAGAAUGAUAUCCCGACGGAUCCGUCCGAGCGAGACCAGGUUUUACUUCGAAUAAACGUGGGAACAAAAGGUCAUGUUUUCUAUUUUUUCCCCCUUUUUUUGUUAAUUAAGCCCAUGUAAAGCACUGAAGCUUAUUAAGUUUGCCCAAUUAGAACGCGGGUCGCAAAAGACGUCGUGUUUGUUCAAAACCUUGGAAACCAAAUCUUAUCAACCGAGUGCCAGUUUGGGGAAUCUCGCUGCUCACGGCGCAAUUUCAAAGGAACGUGCGUGUAUAAAUACGAUGUUUGCACUUGCGAGGCGUACUACUGGGCAACGUAAUGUACGCAUAUCGCCGCCAUUGAGCGACUGACGGAAAACACGGGGCGAUUUUAAACUUAUUUCUAUUUAUUUAUAUAUUUUAUUGCAAUCUUUGCGCAUGUCACUGCUGUUUACUGUAUACCUGAUUACCCUGACUUCCAGGUACCCCAACUUUCGUGUUUUGGGAGUUUCGAGCUAUUGGUUGGUUGUUUUUUUUUUGUUUUUCUAUUUUUCUUUAUGAAGUCCAUGUACAAAAAAAAAAGGGUGGUGCUUUUUGGGGGGCUGAAACGGAUUCAUGGCAUUUCAAUUCAUUUCAAUAGGGAAAACAGACCCCCCCCUGCUAUUACCUAAAAUCUGGAGAUAAUUGACAUUAAAAAAAAAAUUUUUUCUUAACCUGAAAAAAUUGUUCUAUACGUGGGGAUAAACAGCCAAUAAGUGUUUAUGGGGUUGGUCCCAUUUUUUUUUUUUUUUUUUUAAAUGAUUAAAAAAACAAAAUGAAAAUCUGCAAAUGUGUGGAUGAGCGGCUCAGUAAAUGGAUGGAUGGAUGGAUGGGCUGCCUCCGCUUAAUUUUGGGCCAUCCGCGGCUCUGAAACGUUUUAGCCACGCUCCGAAAAUUCAAAUGGCGAAAAACUGUUUAAUAAUGCGGCAGCGCCACAAUUUCGCAGUAAAUGCACAUUUUCAGCGACUGCCUGUGAUGUAUUUAGAAACAAAUCUCGGAAUUCACGUGGGUCUUUAAAUGUUGAGCUUGUGUUAAGAGUGGGUUUGUUUGGAAGAAAAUGAGCGCAUUUGGUACCGAUUGUCUGCCAGAGUGAAACAAAGCCAUUUCGCAAGAAACAUGGAGUCGAUUUAAAUAUGAUGUGUUUUUGACUUUGAGGGCUGGCCACUAUUUGUGGAAAAACACAAAACACCCACAGUGCUCUGCAUCCUUCACCGUGGUCGGCGUUUCCCACCCAAUGCAACAACAACAAAAAAUCGUCUUCACCUAAACUGCCUUUUUCCUCACGCUCGCAUUGUUUUGUACUGUCUGAAAUAUCGGCGACUGCGCACCUCUUGAUGUAUCGUACGUACGUAGUAGCACUGUGACACAUCCACCCAAUGAAAGCAGAGCUGUAUUGAAUGCUGCCACAACCUGAUCUGCACUGAUGCUUUUGGAUGGUGUAUGUUUUAUCUUUGACUUUGUGAAGAAUUGUCUUAGCUCUUAUUUAUUUUGUAUUUUUUUUUUUUUUGCGGGGGAUUGUGUCCCACAUAGGACUUUAAUGUUAUUGUCUUUUUUUUGUGUUGUUGUUUUUGUAACAUUUCUUCCACUCUUAGACCCUGAGGUUUGUUAAAAAAAAAAAAAAACACCGGUGCUGAACAUUGUGGCCACUUAUUUUCUUCCGUUCUCCCAGCGUCUGUCACGUGAUUGGAGUGCAAAUAAAUGACAGUGAAACGUC